CCUACUAGGCUUUUUUUUGAAGGUUUGCAACGCAGGGUUCUAUUCUCUGAGGAAGACAGUUAUUCAACAUCUUCACGGUGUAUACUGAGCUUUAUUUUCAGUUUUCUCAGUAACAUUAUGGAGGAAGAGGAUAUAAUGAGUGUCACUGUUAUUUGGAGGGGAAAGCAAAUCACCGUAGAGAUUAAUUCAGGCUCUACUGUUGAAGAGCUUGGUCAGAAGCUGCAGAUAGUGACGAAUGUGAAACCUGAAACAAUGCGGUUACUUGUUCCACGCUCUACAAAUAAUAGCUCCAAAUUACUUUUACCAUUCUCACAUGAGCACUCAAAAUUAAGCUUGCAAGAAACUGCUGUUCUCAAGGGGAAAUCUAUUCGGAUGAUGGGAGUGUUUUCAGAUGAAAUUGAAGAGGUUUCCCAUGAUAGUUCUAAACCAGAUCUAAGGAUCGCUGGAUUUGAUGAAGAGGAAAAGAGAUUAAGGCAACGCACAUUUGGGAGGCCCCAAUCUUCAUUGAGACUUCCACAAGGACCUUAUAUCUUUUGUGAUUUUCGCACACUCAGCAUUCCAGGAAUUCAGUUGAAUCCUCUACCCACUGAAGCGUUACAAAGAAUGCAUAUGCUUGCUAGUGAUCCGGGCAUUGUUGCUAUCAUGAACAAGCAUAAAUGGCGGGUAGGAAUUAUGACAGAGUUAGCUCCAGUUGGCUAUGUUGGGGUCAGUCCUAAGUGUAUUCUUGGAUAUAACAAGAAUCAUGGAGAGGAAAUUUCACUUCGGCUUCGUACAGAUGACCUUAAGGGAUUCAGGAAAUAUGAGAGCAUAAAGAAGACUUUGUUGCAUGAGCUUGCCCACAUGGUACACUCUGAACAUGAUACGAACUUCUAUGCCCUUGAUAAGCAGCUGAAUCAAGAAGCUGUCACUUUAGAUUGGACAAAAUCUAAAAGACAUACCUUGAGUGGAACCAGUUCAAAAGAUGAUUAUGAAUGGGAAACCCAGAUAGAAACAGUUCAUCAUGCUCCAAAGCUUGGCGGUAGAAAUCUUAAUCCAGGCAUUCAUGUACGAGAAUCUUCAGUGGCUGCUGCCUAUAUUCGAUUAUUAAAGAACUCCUCUGAUAAUGUUUCCGAAGAACCCAAGAAACAGGCUGAUGCUAUGGAGAUCGACUCUUCCAAUAUGAAUUCUAGUGGUUUUGUGAAUAUGGGAGAGCCUGAUCCUGAUGAUGGGGAUUUGGUGAAAAGUAAAAAACUGACCCUUGGCCAUGAGGAGCCUGAUCCUGAUGACUAUUGCUUCCCAAACAGUAGCAUCAUGAAGUAUAAGAACACAUCAUUGCCAGAUCCUGGUGGUUUUUGUGACCAUAAAAUAAGCGAGGAACCUGAUCCUGAUGAUUUGUGUGACCAUAGGCAAAGAGAAGAUCCUGAUCCUGAUGAUUUGUGUGACCACAGGCGAAGAGAAGAAUCCAAUCCUGAUGAUUUGUGUGACCAUAGGAAAAGAGAAGAACCUGAUCCUGAUGAUUUGUGUGACCAUAGGACAAGAGAAGAACCUGAUCCUGAUGAAUUCAGUACAAAGAAGGGCAUUUUGAAACAUGGGUCUGAACCUGAUCCUGAUGAUGAUGAGAUCCAUGAGGAGCCUGAUCCAGAUGAAACAAACAGCAAGGUUUUGGGAAAUGAGUUAAAAACCAGUGAACCUGAUCCUGAUGACACUGGUGUAAGUGAAGCCAUGGCAAUUGAACCUGAUCAAGAUGAUGCUCAGGACAUCUCUGAGGGUUUCAAGCCUGAUCCAAAAGAGCAUUUAGAAACACAAAUCAAUGAACCAGACCCGGAUGAUUUUGAAAAGGCAGUAAUCAAUGAACCAGACCCUGAUGAUUCUGAAAAUGCAAUGGCCAGUGAACCAGAUCCUGAUGAUUUCGAUAAAGCAGGGACGAAUGAACCAGACCCUGAUGAUACCGAAAUGGCAGGGGCCAAUGAACCAGAUCCUGAUGAUUCCGAUAAAGUGGGGACCAAUGAACCAGUCCGUGAUGAUUCUGAAAAUGCUGAGACCUUUCAAGCAGAAGGCAUGGACAUGGAUGAGCUGAGAAGGAUUCAAGAUUCUGUUACCAUUGUCACCACCCGCCUUCAAAGUUCAAUUGAGAGGCUGAAGGCCGAAGCUUCUCCCUUCGAGGCUGCUUCAGUUAUUUUGACUCUGUUCAAGAUUGUUAGAAAUGUGAUUGAACACCCCAAUGAGAUAAAGUUCAAGCGGCUUCGCAAGGCUAAUCCUCAUUUUCAAAAGACCGUUGCGAGAUAUAAAGCUGCUAUGGAAGUUCUUGUGGCAAUUGGAUUCUGUGAGGAUGUUGUGUUGGAUGAAAUUGGCAAAGCAGAGCCAUACUUGGUGUUGAGAAGAAAUGAUCCUGGAUUGCUCUGGCUUGCAAAAUCUUCUCUUGAGCUCUGCAUUGCCUAAUGCUGGAGGUGGUCAAAUGUAUCUUUGUGUCUACUGUGUCAUAAAAAUUAACGGGUGGGCCUCUCUUUGAAUGUAAUAGCAGUUCAAGUUUGCCGUAAAGUGCUGUUAAUAUGUAUGUUGUUUCAGAAUACUGUAUUUUAGGGUCUACUCUCUUGUAUAAUCUGUGAAAGAAUGGGAUUGUAGUAGUGGGAUAUAAUUUUCUAUUUCUAAAGGAUAUGAGCAGCAUCCCGUACAGUUUAAUCGGAUAGUUGUGACUGGCAAUUGCGGAUCACCUUAUUAAAAAACACAGCCAUUAGAUUUGAUUGUGUUAACAAUUGUGUCAACAUUUUGACUCUACUUGUUGAAAUUGUAUGUUAGUUCUAUUGGUA